AUGGCUCGCAGCGGUAGCAAGUCGCUGUCGCGGUCGCGCUCGUCCAGGAGGACAAUCCGACACGGCACAUCUUUCCAUUAUCCUAGGAUAGCUUCGCCAACGCCUCCACCCCUUCUUGCUCCUUCCGAAACAACCCUUGCACAUUACGAUACAACGGUCCUAGGCGACAGCGACGGCGACACGCCGUAUCCAGUCUCCGCAAAUGGGUUGAUGGUCUUGUUCGAGCCAGAGCCAGGAGCGCGCUUACCCCCGCCACCAGUGGAGGUCAUUCCCAAAUCAGAGCUGACCUUUGGUGUCACAAAGGUUCUCGAGAUCGAGAAUGGUACCAUCACAGAGUGUCCUAUUCUUCUCGAGGACUUCCUCUCACAGCCAGUCCCGAUACGAGAGCAGUUGACUCGGGGAACUAAAAUCAAGAAGAGGAUCCUGUUAGGAUGGAUGAGAGUUGGGCAUCCGACAAAGGACCCACGGUUUGCACACCUUCCUAGAGGUCUCAGCAACCGUAUUAGAAAUAGAGACCCAAUUCUCGACAAAUUUCGGAGAGCCGUUAAGCUGCCUCAAAAGAUUUCAAAGAAAUAUCGCGCAAAGCCGUACAAAAGACCAGCAGAUGUUCCCACACCUAUGCUGCGUUCUGUUGAGGGUGCGGCAUCCGUUCCGCCACGGCAUUGUCAACACCUCAAACCUCACAAGCCAGGAAUCGCAGGUCCAAUGUUCGACGCUUUCGACAAUCCAGCAGGAAGAGAAUUCGACAUGUUCUUUGAAGCGCCAGAAGAGCGAGAGGCCCGGCUUAAAACUCAUGAGUUGGAGAAGAAAUGGCGAAAAAUGAGCGAUGAUGUUCUCAAGGAGCGAGGCCGACAGCAGAUAAAUGAUCCAUCGGUCGGCAGAGCGCCACCGCUAUCAAAGCAAACACUCACUGAAAUACAACUCAAAAAGACCCCAGAGCUAUUUCGCAAAACACCUAAAGUUGGAGGGCCGGGAGGGGGCAAGCAUAAUGCGGAACAGGGAGGCCGGAGACAUAAUGAGAAGGACGACACCAACGUCAACCCUUUACCAAAGACAACUAGUGCCGAUACGAAAGCAGUUGUGCGUUGCAGGAAUGGUUCGCCACACGUAUUGGGUAUUAAGAUGUUUACCAAGCCCAGGCCCUCCCCAAGAAAUACGCCUGGUACGGAGCAGUGGGAGGAAAUAGAGCUGAACGAACUCCGCCCAGCACUCAAACUAAAAAUCCCCGCAAAUUUUCCGGGGCCAGAGUCGCGACCGUUUGAUAGUUUCUGCAGCCAGGGGGGGAUGGUUCAGCCUGCAGGGGCCUUAGUGGAUGAGCCGAUUAUGGCCAAGGGACAUAGUGAGUUGAUGGGGAAUCUCAACGAUUCUGGAAAGCAAAAUGAAUCAAAAAAUGCAGACCUAGCGACAGAAUGCGAGCGAAACGAAUUAAGCGCCGCGGACUCAGUAACAGCGGGCGAGCAAAAUGAAUCAAGAGCUGCAGACUCAGUCAUAGAUGGCAAGCAAAAUGAAUCAGCAGCUACAGACUCAGCGACAGAAGGCGAGCAAAAUGAAUCAAAAGCUGAAGACUCAGCGACAGAAGGCAAGCAAAAUGAAUCAGAAGCUGCAGACUCGGUAAAAGAUAGCCAACAGCUGAGCACUACUCCGGGCAAACCUGCAAAUAACUCGGGAUUCAAUGAGUCGAUCAAUAUGGAAACGCCGUCACCAGGAGGACCUGGGAGAUUAUCAGGGCCAAGUCAAGAGGCUGGCCUCAUACUCCCAUUUAAACUCACUGGGUUGCUGAGCGCACGCCAGGCAAUCAUUGAGCAGCGCUUGUCAACUCCCAAAACAACUGAUUCAGAGCCGCUGCCAUACGACGUAGCGGAACUAUAUUCAGGUGACGAUUGGUCGCCAUCUGUGCGAAAUGACCAGCAGGAGCCACACGACGUAGAGGAUCUAUAUCCAGCUGACGAUUUGCCAACUAUGCAAAAUGAUCCAGAGCCGCCGUCACACGACGUAGAGGAUCUAUAUUCGGCUGACGAUUUGGCACCAACCGUGCGAAAUGACCAGCAAGAUCCACGCCCUGUAUCUAGCGGUGUGGCAUCAGGGCGAUCGCAUAGCCGUAUGAGGUUUCCUGUGAUCUAUAACUCAUCACAGGUGUCGAUUGGACAAAGCGAGAGAUUAAUGGGCGGCCGAAACAGCAUUCUUCGUGGAUCGCCGCAAGGAGCUAUUGAGCAGAUGAGUAGUUCCAUAGGUGUGAGUGAUGGGGCAAGAGAAUAUUCUGGUGCAGCUGUUGCCGGCCCGCGCCCAGUACUGCGGGUUCACCCUUCCUCCGACUUUGGACUUCUACAGGCAGAACGCCGAUUAUCAGUCCCCCGGGGGCUACGAUUUCCUGUGAAGCCCAGCCCUCCGGUUGGAUCAAGUGAGGAGUCUAAUAGUCCACGGUUUCCUGUAAAACCCAGUCCUCCGACUGGAUCAAGCAAGGAGUCUCAUAGUCCACGGUUUCCUGUGAGACCCAGUCUUCCAAGGGGAUCAAGUGAAGGGCUUAAUUGUCCACGAUUUCCUGUAAGACCUAGUCCCCCAACUGGAUCAAGUGAGGAAUACAAUGGGGGUUGUGCUCUCCGCCGGUCGCGACGUGUGUCAAGUGGGAGAGGCAGAUAUCCAGUCCGGCCCCAGAGGGAGUCGUCUCUUGGGGCGUCACCGAAUACUGUAGCGACCCCGAGCUUUUCUCCAAUCGAACAUCCAUCACCUGUGCAUAUCGCCUCUGUUCGGAACGAAGGGUUUGAUGUCGGCGGCUUGUUGAACGAGCAACGGGUGUCUGAUUCACAGGGCGGGUCAACUAGCCAGCUGAGUAGCACGCCCUCUCUCCAUGAUACGAAUCGGGGCUAUGGUCCGCCGCCUCCAAUCCCAGCAAGAUCUGCUUCCAGGCCAGUGGUCGAGCUCGGCCAAGGCGAAGGGCAAACAGGGCAGCAAGGCAGAAGUGCGCGAGGAGAUAGUCGACGAGGCGACGGAUCUGGGGAUAGAAUUGAGCGGAUGGUUGGUGUUGACGAAGAACAGGCAGACGACGGUGUGUCAGAUGACCUCACGUCUCACGGCCAACUUGAACCGCAAGUACUUGUCCCUGCAUCCAACAGCAACGCGAACCUGCAGGAACCAGCCAGUACAAAUGAGUCUUUAAGUCCCAUUGAUGGUCUUGUUCCUGAUCCUGUUUCUCUUCAACGACCUGCUCACGUGCCAUCCGCUUUUCGAUUCUUCAAUCGGCACUUGUUAGUCGAUCCUUUGUCCAGCAUCGCAGCCAGAGCCGGAGUCUCAGUCUCAGUCCCAGUCUCAGUCCCCGUCCAAGUUACAGCCUCAACCGCCGCCACACCCAGGGUUCCUGUCAGCCCUAUCCCUCUUGAAGAAUACAACGGUACCCUCUGGCCAACACUUCCAGAUCUAUCGUUCAAUCCGCCUCGAGAUCCUCAACCUGCUCCAGCUCUUGAUCCGGAUGUCGCGCCUGUGAGCCCUAACCCGAUCUCGCGAGGUUCUCCUCCUCAUCAGCCUGAGACGACCGCUGGUCACGAGGCUAAUACUGAUAUCUCUUUUCCCUUCCGUCCGGUAAAGACCAGUAAGGAGUACUCUUCCGCCCACGAACCCAGUCCUCCGCAUCCUUUUCCUGUUUUAGAAUCACCAGGCCGCCGUCCCAAGGACGCCGUCCAAUUCCAUCUGGGCACCAUGGAUAACCUCCAAGUUCGACCAAUUGAGAUUGGCUCGAUCAGGGCAAAAGCGACCGAAGAUGCCAGGCAAAUGCAAGCGCAGGUCAUUGACACCUGCACCAAGGCAGGGAAAGAUCCCCCGAAAUAUGCUCUCAUAGAGCUUAUUGGCAAGGGCACAUUUGGAAGAGUUUACAAAGGGAAAGACAUGACAUCCGCUGCUAUCGUAGCUGUCAAGAUCAUUGAUAUUGAUGAAAGUGAUACCCUUAAUCCGCGACUAGCAAAUACCUACAGCGAGUUCCUUAAAGAGGUUAACGCGUUGAAGAUCCUGAGCGAGAGCAAGGCUCGCAACAUUAACCAUGUCAUUGAAGCUUUACCUGUAGGACAGGCCAUGUGGAUGAUUACUGAGCAUUGUGGCGGUGGAAGUAUUGCAACUUUGAUGAAACCCACGGCUCCUGGAGGGCUGCAAGAGAAAUGGAUCAUACCGAUCGCCAGAGAAGUCGCUGAAGGCCUCAAAUGGGUCCACCAAGCAGAUAUUAUACACAGAGAUAUUAAGUGUGCGAACAUAUUAAUCACCGAGGAAGGUGGCGUACAGCUCUGUGAUUUCGGAGUUGCUGGUGUUAUUGAAGGCGCGUCAGACAAACGAUCUACUAUUAUCGGCACGCCACAUUGGAUGGCACCCGAAUUAUUUACAGCAGCGCCAAGCUAUGGCAAAGAAGUCGAUAUUUGGGCAUUUGGCUGCAUGGUCUUUGAGAUGGCCACUGGCCUGCCACCUAAUGUGGCCAAUGGCAUCAUAAGCUACCCCGAACUAGGGGAGCAUCUCAAGAAUAAUGUUCCGCGGCUGGAGGGGGGGAAAUAUUCAGACGGACUUCGAGACAUUGUGGCCUAUUGUCUCGAGGAGACGCCAAGUGCUCGGCCCGCGAUUGAACAGGUCCAGCGGCACCCUUAUGUUGUCAAUACCGGUGGGAGAUAUCCGACUUCUGGCCUCUCCUACCUAGUGAGAGCCUUCAAGAUGUGGGAAGACCACGGCGGCAGCAGAAGAUCGCUGUUUAUGGCGGGUGGGGCCCAGGGUCCCUCCGAGUCCACCGGGGGUGUUUACGGCGACGAGUGGAAUUUCAGCACCACAGCGGUGUUUGACCAAGAGGUAUCACAGCUGUCGAGUGCCCAGGAUGUCUAUGAUGUCUACGGGACUGGGGUGGUUGGGUUUAACGAGGAGACUGCUCGGCCCAAGGCCUCGCGAAGGCGUCCUCCACCAGAGGCACUAUCACGUCUUCCGCCACCACUUGUAAAGGUGUUUGAUCCCAACACAUUAUCAACUUACGAAGACAAUAGCCGAAACCAUUAUGGCCGGCCUACACCACCCCCAACUUCCGACCUUCCUCUUCGAGAUGAUUCCGCGAAGAUAUCUAUCAGAGAUACAAUGAUUGACCUUGGUGGCCAUGAUCCAGAGACCGGUCUUUCUAGCUUCCCCGAUAUGGACACAAUUAGGGCAGGUGGGCGUCCUGUUAACGAUGAUGAUGAAUCCUCCACAGGGCACGAUUUCAGCCGGCCAGCACUGAGCGAUCCUGCCGAUAUUAACCCUAAUCGUCGCACUCAAGAUUGGAAAUUCCCAUCCAUGGCCCCCCCAGCCUCAGCAGAUCCUGAGGUAUCACGAUUUCCCUCGACCUACGAUCUUCCUCGUCCAGCAGUUACCCCGGGUUCUAAUGGUCGGCCAGCUCUUGUACAUCACCCCACAGAACCCAUGGGUGCCCAGUUUGGUGGGCUUCUAGGAUCUGCACAGGCGGCGCCAAACCGCGUGUCAAUGGCGGAAUCUUUGAUCGAUCUAGAUAUGAGCAUGCCGGAGGCAUAUCCGGAGGUUCGCCCCUCCACAGCCAAUUCAGAUGCUGGAUCCGCAACCAGCGAGCAGAUGACCUCUGUCAACCCAUUUGAAUUCGAAGGCCGUGUCUCAUUCCAAGCACCCGUUGACGCCCAAGAGUCAUCCCACUACCUUAGCGACGAAGGCGCGCUACCAGCAGAAGCCGCUGCACAAACACCCCCUCGAGACAUCACAGAGAUGUCUGACUUCUCAGCCUCCGAUGCAGAAGGCCCGGACCGCCUCAUGGGUCCCAAUGAUGCUUCAAGAUAUGAGGCAACUGGCUUCUCCGAUCCUGAAUAUAUCUCGAUGCCUCGUUUAACCCAUCCCUUUGAUCCAGAUGCUGCUAUGCCUGGCGGCCAGAACGAUCAGGCAUAUACCAUGGCGCACUUCCCUCAACUACCCAAUCCUCCAUCUGCAGCAGCCCUAGCUGGCACAGCAUCGCGCGAGGAGAUGAUCAAUGAGGUAUCAAGAGCCCUGGGCAGUAUGACGGCACAGUUGGAAGCUUUCAGGGUUGUAUAUGACUCCCGCGCGGUGGUCCAAAAGCGAGGAUCCCGCAGAAAGUGA